AUGGCGCUAGUGGUCCGGUAUACGGAUCUGCAGCACGGUGGGGUUGUUCGGGUGUAUUCGUGGUGGCGUAUGGAACGCGGUGGAGCGGUUGGAUGUGGUGCGCCAGCCGGAUAUCUCGUGGCGGUGUCGCGACCUGGACCUGGCCGUGGGGUUGCACACGAUGGUCUAAGUGAACGGAACGGGUUCGAUGCAGGUGAUGUCGCUGCUUCUACUGCGCGUCUGCACCUCGCGUGUAUUGCUGAGCUACCCGCACAGAUCGUGAUCGUGGCUGCGACGGAGAUCGACGCGAUUAAAGAGUAG